ACGUGUAAGGAUUAAGGGUGGUGAUAUAUGCAGCAGCUGGCUUGCCGAUCCUCAAAGAUCAUAUCAUAUACAUAAUUGCAAUUAUUUUUAUUUAUUCAGUUGGAAAAGUAGAUAGCCGAGGCAGAGAGAUCUGAUCUCUGAUAAUUAAGAAUUUAAGAUGGAGCGAGGUGGUGGUGGAGACGAAGACAAGUUCAACAAAUAUGCUUUGGCUUGUGCUGUGGUUGCUUCCAUGGUGUCCAUCAUAUUUGGUUAUGAUACGGGUGUUAUGAGUGGAGCCAUGAUUUUCAUCAAAGAAGAACUCGGAAUCAGCGACACACAACAAGAAGUGCUCGCUGGAAUCCUCAACAUAUGCGCACUGUUUGGCUCCUUAGCCGCCGGAAGAAUCUCCGAUUACGUUGGUCGACGCUAUACAAUCUCCAUGGCCUCCAUCCUCUUCAUGCUUGGUGCAAUCCUCAUGGGCUACGGCCCAAACUACGCAAUUUUAAUGACUGGAAGGUGCGUCGCCGGCGUUGGCGUCGGUUUCGCACUCAUGAUAGCCCCCGUUUACUCUGCAGAAAUCUCCUCCGCCAAAUCCCGCGGCCUUCUAACCUCCCUCCCCGAACUUUGCAUCGGUAUCGGAAUCUUACUUGGCUACAUACUAAACUACGUAUUCGGAAAAUUCUUGCCAUUGAAGCUUGGUUGGAGAUUGAUGCUUGGUGUAGCCGCAAUUCCUUCACUCGCCUUAGCUAUAGGGAUUCUCUUCAUGCCAGAAUCCCCAAGGUGGCUUGUGAUUCGUGGCCAUCUACCAAAGGCAAAGAAAGUUCUGCUGCAAAUUUCGAACACCAAACAAGAAGCAGAGAAUCGGUUCAAUGAUAUAAAGCUCGCAGCAGGUAUUGGUGAUGAAAAUAACUCUUUAGCAGCUAAGGAAAACCAAAAUGGCAAAAGCGUUUGGAAAGAGUUGUUGUUGCAUCCUUCUCCUCCGGUUCGGUGGAUGCUCAUGACGGCGAUUGGGAUUCACUUCUUCGAACACGCCACUGGGAUCGAGGCGGUUAUGUUAUACAGUCCAAGAAUCUUCAGGAAAGCCGGUGUUACGAGCAAGGAGCAUCUUCUACUAACGACGAUCGGGGUUGGACUCACGAAGAUUACUUUCUUGGUGAUAGCGUCGUUCUUGCUUGACAGAGUUGGGAGGAGGAAGCUCUUGCUGGUAAGCCUUGGCGGCAUGGUUUGUGCGCUUGCGGUGUUAGGGUUCAGCUUAACAAUGGUGGAGGGGUCCCCCGAGAAGAAGCUCGCGUGGGGUUUGACACUAAGCAUAGUUGCUACUUACACCUUUGUUGCGUUCUUUAACAUUGGGCUUGGGCCUGUGACGUGGGUCUAUAGCUCAGAGAUAUUUCCCUUGAGACUGAGGGCUCAAGGGGCCAGUAUUGGUGUUGCGGUGAAUAGAGUGAUGAAUGCUACGGUUUCUAUGAGCUUUAUUUCGAUCUACAAGGCCAUUACUAUAGGGGGAGCGUUUUUCAUGUUUUCUGGAAUAUCUAUAGUGGCUUGGUUGUUCUUCUAUUUCUUCAUGCCUGAGACCAAGGGUAAGGCCUUGGAAGAAAUGGAGAUGGUUUUCACCAGAAAAAGUCAUAGAGAUGUUGCUGCUGCUGAAACUCAUAAUAAUACGAGAUAGUACGUAUGAUAUAUAUGUUUGUGUUUGUAGAUAUACGGUAUUAUUAUUACUACUACUUCUACAAAACAAAUAUAUAUAAAAA